AUGUUUGAGGGUGAAUUCACCUCGCUCGCUAGGCUGUACGAGCUCGUGCCUAGCUCCUGUCCGAAACCUUAUGGCUGGGGCGAAUACGAAAACAGCCCCGGGUCGUACUUCAUCAUCAUGGACUUCCUCUACCUCAUCCCAGAGCUGCCAGAGGAAUCGAAGAUCUCUCAACUCAUCGCGAAAAUCCAUCAGGUCACAGCUGCUCAGCCAAACCAAUGGGACGAAAACUGGGCCCGAUUCUAUGCCAACCUCCUCCAUGUGUUCUACAAAGAGGAUAUGAAAAGCAAUGGCCCCUAUCCAGAGUACGAACGGGCACACGAAAUCCUCCUUGAACACACGAUCCCUCGUUUAUUAGGGGCGCUCCAAGCAGAAGGGCGCGUGCUGACUCCAUGCCUGGUCCACGGAGACUUCUGGCAAGAAAACCUGGGGAUCAACAAAGACACCGGAGAGCCUAUGCUUUACGAUCCCAGUCUUUUCUACGGGCACAAUGAAUUCGAAAUCGGCAUGUGGCGCACUGUUACUGUGCCGUUCGCGGAGUCGUACCGGGAGCAAUACUUCCUUCGAAACCCUCCAAGUCAGCCGACAGAAGAGUGUGAUGACCGAAACCGACUCUACAGUCUGUUUUACCACACUUCGCUCUCAGCCCACUGGCCUGGGGCAUCAGAAGAAGUGAGGGCGAGGCUUCUGGAUGACAUGAACUACUUGAACAGCAAAUAUGCUGCAUAG